GUGGUUCCAUCCCAACAUCACCGGAAUUGAGGCAGAGCAGCUCCUGUUGACCCGGGGAGUCCACGGCAGUUUCUUAGCCCGACCGAGCAAGAGCAAUCCUGGGGAUUUCACCCUCUCCGUCCGGCGUAACAAUGAGGUGACCCACAUUAAGAUCCAGAACUCUGGAGACUACUAUGACCUGUACGGAGGUGAGAAGUUCGCCACGCUAGCCGAGCUGGUGCAGUAUUACACCGAACAACAGGAUCUCCUGCGUGAGAGGAACGGCCAUGUCAUCGAGCUCAAGUAUCCGCUCAACUGCAAGGAUCCAACGUCUGAGAGGUGGUACCAUGGGCAUCUCUCUGGAAAAGACGCAGAAAAACUGCUGACGGACAAAGGCAAAGCUGGCAGCUUUCUGGUACGGGAGAGCCAGAGCCAACCGGGAGACUUCGUUCUCUCGGUUCUCACUAAUGAAGAGAAACAUGACAACGUGGACCGCAAGACCAAGGUCACGCAUGUUAUGAUUCGCUGCCAGAAGGAUGGUAAGUACGACGUGGGGGGUGGUGAGCGCUUCGACACCCUGGCUGACCUGGUGGACCACUACAAGAAGAACCCCAUGGUGGAGAAGAGUGGCAUCGUAGUUCACCUUAAACAGCCUUUUAACGCCACCAGGAUAAACGCAGCCAACAUUGAGAACCGGGUACGCGAACUGAACAAGGUAGCGGAUAACUCGGAGAAGCCCAAACAGGGAUUCUGGGAAGAGUUUGAGGUACUUCAGCAACAGGAGUGCAAGCUGCUGUAUCCCCGGAAAGAAGGCCAGAAGCCAGAAAACAAGAGUAAAAACAGAUACAAGAAUAUCCUCCCCUUCGACACAACACGAGUUAUAAUCAGAGAAACGGACUCAGACGGCCCUGGUUCAGACUACAUCAAUGCUAACUACAUCAGAAAUACACGCGAGGACGAGCGCCAUGCGGAGGAGAGCAAAGUCUUCAUCGCCACUCAGGGAUGUCUGCAGAAUACGGUCGUAGACUUCUGGAAGAUGGUCCAUCAGGAGAAUGCGCAUGUCAUUGUCAUGACAACCAAAGAGAUGGAGCGAGGAAGGAACAAAUGUGUUCGCUACUGGCCAGACCUCCACACCUCGAAGGAGUUCGGGAAGGUAAUGGUGAGGAAUGUGGAGGAGCAUCCAGCUCAGGACUACAUCCUGAGGAAGCUGGAAGUGACACGUCUGGACCGGAAGGAACCUCUGAGGUUCAUCUGGCACUACCAAUACCUGAGUUGGCCCGACCAUGGUGUUCCUGUUGAGCCUGGUGGUGUCCUCUGGUUCCUGGAGGAGGUCAACCGCACCCAGAGCACCAUGAAAGACACCGGACCCAUCGUUGUCCAUUGCAGCGCAGGAAUCGGGAGAACUGGCACCAUCAUCGUCAUCGACAUCCUCAUCGACAUCAUUAGACGACAAGGUCUAGACUGUGACAUCGAUGUCCCAAAGACCAUCCAAAUGGUGCGGCAGCAGAGGUCGGGCAUGGUCCAAACGGAGGCCCAGUAUAAGUUCAUCUACAUGGCGGUGCAGCAGUUCAUCGACACGGCCCAGAAGAGACUGGAGGAGGAGCAGAGGAGUAAGAUGAAGGAAAGAGAAUAUUCCAACAUCAAAUAUCCUCAGAUGACCAACUCGAGGUCCAAGCACAACAUGGCGUCUUCACGAUCGUCUUCUGUAAUGACGAAUGACGAUUCUUCGAGCGUGUACGAGAACAUUAACUUCAAAACUCCUCAGACGUCUUUCAGCAGCAACACCAGGAGGUAAAACUGUCGCUGUGGAACGCCGCUUCUCUCUUCUCUUAGGUGCAUCUGAAUUUCCUUGGAGCAUGGGGGGGGGGGGGAUGGGUGACGGGAGCAUGGUGCUCUAAGGUGACGAGCUGAAAACCCCCCGAACCCUCCCCGCAUCUCUGUCCUGCUGAAGAAGCACGGGGCCCUCAGCCGACCCCCUCACCCCCGCCGCCUCCAGACUAACUCCCACCGAACCAACUCUUGUGCCUUGUGACGGGAUGAGUCUGUAAUCCAGCCUGGAAUCUGCUCCGUCGUGGUCUUUACAGAGCUGCACAGGACCUGAGAGAAGGUCAAAGCUUUUUGUGGCCAGAAACCACCCUGCUGAUUCUCCUGCUCUGUUUCUGCUCACUCUCGUUUGAACUGGAACCCUCGACUGGUGGCUACUAACGCGGCUGCAGGCCGAGGCCAGCGGCAGCAACCUCCUACAGGGUCACGAGGCUCAGGAAGGGCAUGCAAGCCCUCUAUCCUUAAGAAUUUAUUUCACUCUUUGAGUGGACUCUUGUUUUUGAAAGAGAUGUGACUGAUUAUAAAGCGUUCUGUUUAAUAAUCCCCUCUGCUGUUUUGUGACACGACCCGAACACCUUUUUUAUUUUAAAUAACCGUUUUAUUUGUUGGUCAAAUAUCUUCGUUGGAAAAAAAGAAUUUAAGAAUUUUUUUGUCUUUUUUCUGUUAUUUUGUGGUUUUACUGUGUAUGAACUGGAUAUUCUAAUGUUGUAAAUUGAUCAUGAGAUUGUUUAUUUAAAUAUAACCAACAUAUGUUUGAAGGAGCUUUAUGAUGGAUGAGAUAACUAAACAACCUCUAGAAUUUGGAUUUGGUUGAAGAGGAACCCCUGAGGCAUGGGUGGUGCUAGGGGUGGGGCCACAGGGGCAUUGCCACCUGCUGAAAUCUGAUUGGCUCCCUGAAGUGCCCCUGCACUGACAUUUCAUGUCAUGAUCUGAUUAUAUUGGAAGCAAUUCCAAAUCCAAGCGCUAUUGUGAGGAUGCUGGACUAAUACUUGACCCCUUAAUGGCCCCGUACUCAGAAAAAUCCUAGAUCCGCCAGUGCCCUGUGGUUUGCUCGAUGUCGCGUCUUCGGCGUGACUCGCCAUCCUCGUGCUGCAGGUCUGACGUGGUUUGGCAUCUGUCGGAGCGAGAUUGUCACAAGAAGACUGGGGAAAAGGAAGGGGAGAUUACAGCACACCAGAUGGCCGUCUGCCUGAGAUUAAAGAAUAGAUUUGUCUCCAAAAAGUAAUUUAGAAGACGGCUAUAAUCCAGGUUUUGAUGACAGCAGGGCGAGUCGGCGGACGUCAUUCGUGUGAUGAGUCGCCAGCAUCUCUGCUGCUGUCUGGCUAUUUUUAGCCCUCAAGAAUCAGCACCAGAAUAACCCGCUUUAAGGAAAAGUUGGAUUCUGCCGCAACUUCUUACUGUUUCGAAAUGUUCAUCAGGCUCCUUCAGACCAGACGCACACCUCACCAUGGCGACGACCCCCCCCCCCCCCCCCACACACACACACACACACACACACACACACACACACACCAACUGCAAUGCAAAGAAAUGCACCCAACUACAGCUCAGGAAGAACUCAACAGAACCAAAUGGACCCUCCACUUACUUUCAGGUACCAGGAGUCCCAGAACUGCAGAUCAUCCUAAAAUUCAUUUCAGGACCUACUUUACUUUAAAUCUAAGUUUUUAUCUAAAAUCUCAAAUUAAACCAGAAAUCAGAGACUUCUACCUUCCCCCUGCAGGAACAUAAAUGGGCCAAGGACACACACAGAACCCACACACACCUUACUUUCUUACACACUGCCAUGCCCGUUCGACAGAUUAGACAAACCCUGGAUUUGAUGCUGAUGAUUGUACCCUGCAGCAGCCAUAUCGUUCUUAAAGCUUUGUCUGGAUGAUUUUUCAGGCUUUUCUUGAUACAUUUUUUUAUUUUUGUGUAAUCAAAGCUCCGGUCUGCCGCCGCCGUGUCGGAAAAGGCCAACAGGCUGCACUACUUGGUGCUCUUCAGUUUUGUUUUGAUGAAUAAGCCACAAUUUGUGGAUUGUUUUGAUUUUUUUCUCUUCCUGGUCAUUCUCUGACCCGACCUCGCCUCUUAUUGGUCAGUUGUGUAUAAUUUGGUGAAGCAUUUGUACUUGAAUCAGCAGAACCGCUCGUCUCAGGCUGUGUGGAUGUUUUUAUGAUUGUGCAUUUUUGCUGUGCGUGUAAAUGUUCUCCCUCGGUUACUUUAAACAAAUUUUAGCAACGUCAGAUUGCUUCUUUCUAUUUUAUCUUUUGUUAUCUGACUUUUGCAGAGGUAUGCAGCCAUGACGCGGUCAUCCUCUUAUGUUUACUUGAACAAGUGAUUUGUUUUUGGUUCCUCCUCCCUGUCGGUUUGCAGAAAGCCAGAAGUGAGUCGUGGUUUUCAAAGUGCUCCCUUGUCCUUGUUUCUUCUUCUUGCUCUGGCCAAAUGCCUUUUUUUUUUGCAAAACAGGCAUCUGCUGAUGCAAUGAUUUGCCUAAAUGGCACUGAAAUGGAUUAUCAUACAGAUUAAUAAUAAAUAAUAUGAUGGCACACUUUAA